AAAUAAAUUUUUCUUUUUCACUUGAAGUAAAAAUAACUUUUGCAAGUUUGGGAAAUAAAAUAAGUUGAAAAGUUUCGAAGUAUACUUUCCAAUAUGUUUUAUCAUCGUGGCUGAGUGAUCUUAUACUAUGACGUGUUGAGAGGUGUGGACGAGAUUUUAUCAGAAUUUUACUUCCUUCCGUACGGAAAUUACUUUCACUUUGAUCGCACAGUUGUUGGUCACUCAGACGCUUUCCAAUCACUUGUACGGACGUUUUAUUGUAAGGUAAAUAGUGUAAACUCGUUUCCUAUUCGUCAUUCUAUCUAAGAAUUAUUGCAUUGUUAGAGUUAAUCUCAGUAUUGACUUGUAUUUAAAAGUAUUGACUUGAUUGAAAUAAAAACAGCGCAGUUUCGUUUCAAGGGGAAAAUGUUGAAUAUAUUAGAAACGGAUUCUACGCGUAUAAAAACCAGUUAUAACUGUAAUAAUGACCAAGAAAACACAAAAUAUAAAGAAAAUGUUUUGAGUAUUUGCUCUGACAUGUCCAAUUUGAAGAUUUCCUCUUCUGAAGAUGAAAAUAUCUCAUUCUCAGAUAAAUGUGUUGUGUGUGAUGUGGUAUUAACUAGCGAAGCUAAUGCUAAGCAACAUUUUGAAGGUAGGAAACACCAGAAAAAAGUUCAAAGUCAAUCUGAACCAAUCUUUCCAAACAGGACACCUGAAAAUUCAUUCGUUGACUGUCAUACACCAGUAAACUUACCUGUAAAUAAUGAAUAUAAAUGUGUUGUAUGUGAAGUGGCAUUUACUAGCUCAGUUAUUGCCAAGCAACAUUUUGAAGGUAAGAGACAUCAGAAGAAUGUUCUAAGUCAACCUAUAGCAGCCGUUUCAAACAGUCCACCUGAUAAUUAUUCCCAAGGCUUCCACACCCAGGAAAAUGGGCCUGAAAUAAAUAAAGACGAAUGCAAGUUGUGUGAUGUCAAAUUUACAAGUCCCUCUCAGGCUGCCGAUCAUCUGAAAGGUAAAAUGCACCAGAAAAAUUUUAAUACAAUGUCUGCUUUUAGAGCGAAUAUUAAAUUGGAGUGUGAUACAUGUGGUGUUGUAUUUUCUGGAAUAGUUGACUUCAAAGCACACUUUGCUGGUCGGAAACAUCAAAGAGCUAUUGAAAACAGAACUACCUUACCAAAAUUAAUUGCUGAGUCAGCUUCUCCUCAGAAACCUUUCUCUGUUGCAGCUGAAGCUUCCCAAGUUGAAGAUAAGUGCAAGAUAUGUGAUGUAGUGUUUACUAGUGCAGUUACUGCUAAGCAGCAUUUUGAAGGUUGGAAGCACUUGAAAAAACUUUCAGCUGAAUCAGUCAAUUCCAAAACUACAUUUGAAAGUUCUCCUGGUUUUUCCUCUCCAACAGACAUACCUUCAAAAUACCCAAAUAAAUGUGAUGUGUGUAAUGUAGUUUUAACAAGUGCUGCUAAUGCUACGGAACAUAUGCAAGGCAAAAAUCAUUUGAAAAAUGUUAAUCUGAAAACUAUCUCUAAUGGUUCCAUUCAUCAUUCUACUGACAACGAAUUCAAUAUCAACAACAAUUGCAACAAAAGCUAUUCAAAGAAUAUUUAAGAAAGGAAUACAAAAUAUUGUUAACCAUUUAUGUGAAAUGGUUAGGAAAUAAUAUCAGUUGAUGCAUAAAUGUUGAUAAAACACAGAUGUAUUGAUACAUGAAAAUGUGGACAAAGUAGAGAUAUUGAUAUUUAAAAUGCUGGCAAAAUAGUUCUUACAUUAUGUUGACAAACGGAUAUUAAUAUAUGGAAUCUCAGUAAAAUAACAUUAGCGAUGUUGACUGAAAUUAUGAUAUUGGCCCACAAAUUUGGGAUAUUGAUACAAAGUGCUGACAAAAUAAUGAUGAUGACAUAUUGGUCAAUAGAGAUAUUGACCCAUGGUAUGUGGGCAAAUAAUAUUAAAGGUAGUUCUGAUUCAUGGAAUGUGGGAAAACUGAUGUUAACAUGAAAUAUUCUCAAAAUAAUUGAAAAGAUUCUUCUUGCAUUUUGUUUGUUUAUUAAUGCUGGAUGUACUGGUUCCAAUCUGGAGUUCCAUCGUUGUCUCAGUUCUUUGUCGUUUAACGCACAAAAGGAUGGCUUAAACCACUGAUAUUUAUUCUUGUUGCAUAUCUUGUGAUGCUGUGUUGCUGCCUGGAUGCUUCUUCUUAUCACCAAACUUUUGAAAUAAAAAUAUUUCACAAAACUCA